AUAACUAUGGUACCCCGUGUAUUAUUAAGAAAUUGGAUUUCUUUUCGUCAUUUUUUUCAUAAAUAUUCAUAUACAGUUCAACAUAAAAUUAAAAAUAUAAACUAUAUUGGGAUUGGUAUAUUCACAAGUAUCAUAGUUUAUAGUACUUCAGGAGUUACAGUAUUAGCAGCUCAAAAUGAAUUGGAUAUAAAAAGAUUUAUGGCACAACCUAUUACUGAUAUUAAGGAAUUAAGAAAAAGACAGAAUAUGAGAAAGAAAAUGGAAUUAUUAGUAAUGACAACUCAAGCAGAUUUUUGUAAAGCUCUGGAAUCCUUAGAAGAUCCAAAUCAUCGUUUUAAAGUUGAUAGAUGGAUUAAGGAAGGUGGUGGAGGAAUUACUUGUGUUUUACAAGAUGGAGUUGUUUUUGAAAAGGCUGGUGUAAAUGUAUCUGUUGUCACUGGUACAUUACCACCAGGUGCAGUACAACAAAUGAGAGCACGUGGAAAAAAUAUGCAAGAAGGGUCUGUACCAUUUUUUGCAGCUGGUGUAAGUGCUGUAAUUCAUCCUCGUAAUCCCAUGAUUCCAACAAUACAUUUCAACUAUCGAUACUUUGAAGUAGAAAAUUCAGAUGGUUCAAUUCAAUGGUGGUUUGGAGGUGGUACUGAUCUUACACCUUAUUAUUUAAAUGAAGAUGAUAUAAAACAAUUUCAUAAGACUUUAAAAAUUGCAUGUGAUAAACAUGAUCUUUCAUUUUAUCCAAAAUAUAAAAAAUGGUGUGAUGAUUACUUUUUUAUUACACAUAGAGGAGAACGUAGAGGAGUAGGUGGUAUCUUUUUUGAUGAUAUUGAUACACCUAGUCAAGAAGAAGCAUUUCAAUUUGUAAAAUCUUGUGCAGAAGCUGUAAUUCCUUCUUACAUUCCAUUAGUUGAAAAACAUAAAAAUGAUAGAUAUGGAUAUGCUGAAAGGCAAUGGCAAUUAUUACGUAGAGGAAGAUAUGUUGAAUUUAAUUUAAUAUAUGAUCGUGGUACAAAAUUUGGUUUAUAUACACCUGGAGCACGAUAUGAAAGUAUAUUAAUGUCUUUGCCUUUGUCAGCAAAAUGGCAUUAUAUGCAUGAGCCAGAACCUGAUUCAAAAGAAGCAGAACUUGUUAAUGUAUUGAGAAAUCCUAAAGAAUGGCUAAAGUAAUAUAAAAAAUCUCU